UUCUGCCGCCCGCGGGGCUGGGGCUCCCCUGCCCGCCCUCCCCGCGCCCACGCGGGUGUGUCCGCGCAGCCCCGCACAUGCGGCGGGGGCCGUGCCGCGCAUGCGCCGCGGGCCGGCGGGCGCGGAGCGGCGGGCGGGGGCCGGGCCCGUGACUCAGUGAAAAUGAAGAAUUUCUAUCUUUUUCUUGCUGUCCUGUUCAUCCCGUGGAGCUUUACUUUGGCAAAGUACGAUGAAUUCGAGGAUGGGGAUGACAUCAUGGAAUAUGAUGAUAACGACUUCGCCGAAUUUGAGGAUGUGAAUGAAGAUGCAGUCACAGAGUCUCCCCAGAGGAUCAUCACUACAGAAGAUGAUGAAGAAGAAGCCACUGUAGAGCUGGAAGGUCAGGAUGAGAAUCAGGAAGACUUUGAUGAUGCAGACACGCAGGAAGGUGACACUGAGAGUGAACCAUAUGAUGAUGAGGAGUUUGAAGGCUAUGAAGAGAAACCAGAUGCAUCUCAUAGCAAAAACAAAGACCCCAUAACGAUAGUUAACGUCCCUGCUCACCUUCAGAACAGCUGGGAGAGUUACUACAUGGAGAUCCUGAUGGUCACAGGGCUCCUGGCUUACAUCAUGAACUACAUCAUCGGCAAGAACAAAAACAACCGGCUGGCUCAUGCCUGGUUCAACACCCACAGGGAGCUGCUGGAAAGUAACUUUGCUCUUGUGGGGGAUGAUGGCACUAAUAAAGAAGCUACAAGCACUGGGAAGCUAAAUCAAGAAAAUGAACACAUAUAUAACCUGUGGUGCUCUGGGAGGGUGUGCUGUGAAGGAAUGCUCAUCCAGCUGAAGUUCCUCAAGAGGCAAGACCUGCUGAACGUGCUGGCGCGCAUGAUGAGGCCGGCGUCGGACCAAGUGCAAAUAAAAGUGACAAUGAACGAUGAGGACAUGGACACGUACGUGUUUGCUGUUGGAACCAGAAAAGCACUGGUGAGACUUCAGAAGGAGAUGCAGGACCUGAGCGAGUUCUGCAGUGAUAAACCCAAGUCUGGUGCAAAAUAUGGGCUUCCAGAUUCACUGGCCAUCUUGUCGGAGAUGGGAGAGGUCACGGAGGGAAUGAUGGACGCCAAGAUGAUACAUUUCCUCACACACUACGCCGACAAGAUCGAGUCCGUCCAAUUCUCGGACCAGUUCUCCGGUCCAAAACUUAUGCAAGAGGAGGGCCAGCUCACAAAACUGCCCGAAACUAAAAAGACACUUUUGUUUACAUUUAACGUGCCUGGUUCAGGCAACACUUCCCCAAAGGACAUGGAGUCUUUGCUGCCUCUGAUGAGCAUGGUCAUCUACUCCAUUGACAAAGCCAAGAAGUUCCGGCUGAACAGAGAAGGCAAACAGAAAGCUGACAAGAACAGGGCACGUGUGGAGGAGAACUUCCUGAAGCUGACCCACGUGCAGAGACAGGAGGCUGCCCAGUCCCGCCGCGAGGAGAAGAAACGGGCGGAGAAGGAGCGGAUCAUGAACGAGGAGGAUCCCGAGAAGCAGCGGCGGCUGGAGGAAGCUGCUCUGCGGCGGGAGCAGAAGAAGCUGGAGAAGAAGCAGAUGAAGAUGAAGCAAAUCAAAGUGAAAGCCAUGUGAGGAGGAGCCACCUGGGGAACUGUAAUUCACGGGUACCAAGAGCUCUGUAACUCCAUAAUCCUCUGCUUCUUUGAGCACUCGUAGCCAUUGAGAGAAAAGUCCUUGCAUUGGUGUUACUUAUUUAAGUAUUACAGCAACAUGCAGGUGUGUGUGGGAGAGCUUUGUCUCGGCACUCCUUAUUCCAGGGGGUAAAAAAGUUUUGCUAUUUGUCCGUUUAAAAAACAAACAAACAAACAAACAAAAAUUUGCGAUAUUCUUGAAUGCUCUUUUGUCAUUUGUUCUUUAAAAAAAAAAAAACCAGAAGGUUGUAAACCUGUCCAACGUGUGCCGGUAACAUAAUUCAUGCUUUGGUUUUAAAACUUUGGGGUUUGGUGAAGUGGGAGGGGAGAAUGGGGGGGGAAAAAACUUUAAAAGGGGAGGAAAACUGCACAAUAAACACUUACUGUGCAUUUAUUUGCAUCAAGGCACAAAACUUAGAGCCUUCCAUACACAGUAUGGAUUCUUCAGGGAUUUAAGCCCAGUAGAAGUGAUUUUUUUAUUUUCCUUUUUUUUGUACAAACAAGGGCCUGAAGCAGUACUGGGUCACCUGUGGGCAUGACUGGCUUAUGGAUAGAACACAGGGAUGGGCAGAACCGAGGGAGUGGAAUACAGGGAUAGUUUCCAGCCAGCUUUCCUUGGCUGUUUUCAGCUGUUCAGACACUUCUCUGCUCAGUGGUCACUGGAAGGCUUUGAAUCCAAAGGGGGAGAAGGAGGUGAAUGCCCCGUGCAGGCACUUUGCUGGGAGAGCUCUGCAUUUUAUAAAUGCUGCCUAUCCAGAAGGCAUUUUAAUCGUUGCUUGUGCCAGGCUUUGAACAGCUGUGUGGGGAAACAGUGUCUUGGCAUUUUCCUGUUCAAUACCUGGUGCAAACUUGGUUCUGAGGCAGUAAGAAAGAGCUGCUGUUGAAACAGCAACUGUUCAAACUUGUUCCACCAUGGGAUGCUUCACCCUGAUUGAAAUGCAAAUGUCUGUGACCUGAUACAUGCAAAUACAGUCAUUUUAUAAGGGUUGGUGAAAAUAUUUAAAACCAAAACUCAUGUAGAGUGUGUGGAAUUUUAGCACUAUUUAGCUUGAAAGAUUAAUUACAGUGUUGUUUCACAGAGUUCUCGGAAAGGAAUUAACUACUUUGUGCUCUUCUGAGUAAGUGGACAGCUCUCCUGAAGUCCCAUCCACUUGUGGGCCGUGGCAGCUAAUUUUGUAAUAUGAACAUUCAAAUGAACAAUCUAAAGAGUAAAAUAUAAUUGAAACACUGCA